AUGCUUUCAACAAUCCGCGCCUCAUCAUCAUCCGCCGCCCGCCGCGCAGCCUUUACAUCCACCACCACCGCCGUCGCCGGUCGUCGCCUCUUUUCCAACAGUGCCAUCAGAGCCGCCGCCGCCAAUGAGACUUCAUCAGCACCCGUCAAGAAGGCGGGUGGCUCGAGCUGGUUGACCAUGACUGGGUUGACUAUCCUUGCCGCCACCUCUGGAUACUACCUCUUCAGCCCCGUCGAUGCUAAGCCUGUCGCUGCCAAGAAGGAGGCUCCCGUCACUGUUGCUGCCAAGAAGGAACAGGCCGCCCCCAAGCCCGUUGUCAAGACACCUGAGAUCAUUGCUGCCGAGAACAAAGCCGCCCUCAAGGACACCACUGUCAUCUUCGUCCUCGGUGGUCCCGGUGCUGGAAAGGGAACUCAGUGUGCCAACUUGGUCCGUGAUUUCGGAUUCGUUCACUUGUCUGCCGGCGACCUCCUCCGCGAGGAGCAGCAGCGCCCCGGAUCGCAGUACGGCGAGCUGAUCAAGACCUACAUCCGUGAGGGCAAGAUCGUCCCCAUGGAGGUCACCAUUGCUCUCCUCGAGAACGCCAUGCUCGCCUCGGGCCAGAAGCGUUUCUUGAUCGACGGUUUCCCCCGCAAGAUGGACCAGGCCUUGAAGUUUGAGGAGCAGGUCGUCCCAAGCAAGUUCACAUUGUACUUUGAAUGCCCCGAAGAAGUCAUGUUGAGGCGUCUGAUGAAGCGCGGCGAGACGAGCGGCCGCGCCGACGACAACAUCGAGUCCAUCAAGAAGCGCUUCCGCGUCUUCACCGAGACUUCUUACCCCGUCAUCGAGCACUACAAAAAGGACGGCAAGGUCCACACCGUUUCUUGUGUUGACGCCCCCGAUGCUGUCUAUGCCAACGUCAAGAACAUCUUUACCAACCUCUUCAAGGACCAGAAGUAA